CAGGAAUAGCCUGGAGAAGGCAAAGCUGUUUCAGGGUAACAUCACCAUGAAACUUCAGCUUCAAGCUGUCGAGUUUAGAUAUGAUGCUAAUUUGUUUUCUUUAUUUUAUUUAUUACGCUGUUUAAAACUUUAAGGGGACUUUAAGGAUGAAGGGUUUGGUUUGGGUGGCCUUGCUUUUGGCAAUCUGUAGCGCGCUCGGCUUCCAAGAAGCAGUAGUAAAGUCUGUGAAGCAGUGCGCUCCUGGUUGCACCGAUCGAGGAAACUGCAACGCUGAGACGGGGGACUGUGAAUGUCCCUGGGGAUACACAGGGCAGGCAUGCGAGGUUGACCGCAUGGCCGUUUGCAGACAGACGCCUGAUGACCCAGGAUCCUGCGGCACGCUGUGGCCCAAACACUGCGACUGCUACCAGACCUGUCAGCGCCUCUACUGCGGGGGUCGCCUCCUACGUGUACAGUAUGAAAGUGUGGACAGCUGCACGCACGAGCUGGGGGAAUACGUUUUUAAUGCCAGGUGCUGGAUGCUCCGAAACCCGGAUUCCUCUAUUCCGAGCAGCUCGCGGCUGCCCCUGAAUGUGACUUCUGACACCAUCUGGUACGAACACUACGCGCGGGAGGACCGGCCGCACUGCAUGUGCAGGAAGGGUUUCAACGGGACGAGCUGCGAGUCGGAGGACAGCAGCGAGGCCUGUUGGUUCAGCCCCACCUGCGGAGACCGGGGUCACUGCCGCAGCGGGUUCUGCCACUGCAGACAGGGAUUCUUUGGAGUGGGUUGCCACCGGUCAACCGCCUACCAGCCAACCAACCCGGGGACGUUACCCGACUUGAGACCUCGCUCGAAACUCAAGAUCUACAUGUACGACCUGCCCUGGGAAGUCGCCUUCCCUUACGAGUACAACGAUGGUCACUUUGGCCGAGACAAGAUGUACGCAGCGUACGAGUAUUUCAUGACGUACUUUCUGCAAGAUCAUGCCGUACGGACAGAGAAUCCGUACGAGGCCAACCUAUUCUACAUACCCAUGCUGGCGUACUUUUACAUAGCCAAUGUACGGAAUCCCGUACCCCAGGUGACCCUAGCUUUGGAUUACGUACGAACGAAGUGGCCCUUUUACAACCGCACAGGCGGCCGGGAUCACUUUUACUUCCUCACCGGCGACCGGGGCGCGUGCAGCACCCCCCGCUGGCUGCAGGACAGCUGCAUCAAGCUGGUCCACUUCGGUCUGCAAGGGGAGGAGCUGCCGGGGACGGGGGUUCCCAACAGGGAGUACGGGUGCGUGCAGGUAAAGAGGGACCUGGUCAUUCCUCCGAUCAAUCUGUUCACGGAUCUAGUACCCUCGGAAACACAGGCCUACUACAAGUGGUUGGUGUCCAAGAAGGGGUACGACAGUAAUCGGAAAUUGCUCUUCUUCUUUGCGGGGGGUGUUGGGCAGGUUCCGGAGUACAGCGGUGGCGUAAGGCAGGCAAUCAAGGGACUGCUUUCCUCCCUCACACCCAAACCCGAGGACGUGGAGUUCUUUGAGGGUCGAGUGCACAACUACAAAGAAUUGCUGCAGUCCUCCAAGUUCUGUAUCGCACCGUACGGCUUUGGUUGGGGGUUGCGGUUGAUCCAGGCCAUUGAGUACGGCUGCAUACCGCUCAUCAUCCAGGACCACGUGUACCAACCGUUCGAGCGACCCAAGGACUUCCUGCCGUACGAGGAGUUUUCCGUACGAAUGGGUUUAGUUGACAUACCGUACAUGAUCGAGCUACUGCGCAGCUACACGGAAGCCCAACUGGCGCAGCUGCGGCUGGGUAUGGCCAAGUACUACCAAGCUUUUAUCUGGAACCGGGAAUACGGCGGGUUGGCGUAUGAAUGGACGUUGGCGGGAUUGGAACGGCGCUUGGCGCAUAUGAAUUCGGAAUACUAUCUCCACCAUCACCACCAUCGGCGGCGGCGGAGAGCUUUAGAUUGA